UCAAGGCAGAGUCUCUUCUCAAAGGCUGUUUCACAGUGAAAAUAUGCUCAGUGCAGCCGAGUGCAUGAAUGAAAAAGCCUCUGAUACCUUCUAGUCUGGCAAAAUGCAGCACAAAACUCAACUUACUCUGUCCUUUCUGCUGUCCCAGGUUCUGCUGCUUUCAUGUGCAGAAGGUUUAGAAUGUGUCCCUGGAUUCCAGCAAAAGGUUUAUUAUAUUGAGCAGCCACUUGAAUUCACAGAGGACCAGAGAGUUCUGAACCUGGAAUUUGAUGACUGCAAGGGGAAUAAUAACUUGAACUUCGAAGUUUCUAACCCGGACUUUAAGGUGGAAAGUGAUGGGUCUUUAGUUGCACUAAAGAACAUAUCAGAAGCUGGCAGAGCCUUGUUUGUCCACGCACGGUCUGAGCAUGCUGAGGAUAUGGCAGAAAUUUUGAUUGUUGGAGCAAAUGAAAAACAUGGUGCAUUAAAGGAAAUCUUUAAGAUUGAAGGCAACCUUGGAAUUCCAAGACAAAAAAGGGCUAUUUUGGCAACUCCAAUAUUAAUUCCUGAAAAUCAAAGACCACCAUUCCCCAGAUCUGUUGGCAAGGUUAUCAGCAGUGAAGGGACAGAGGGAGCAAAGUUUCGACUCUCUGGUAAGGGAGUAGAUCAAGACCCAAAAGGAAUUUUUAGAAUCAAUGAGAUCAGCGGGGAAGUUUCCGUGACCAGAACCCUUGACAGAGAAGCAAUUGCCAAUUAUGAGCUUGAAGUUGAGGUCACAGAUAUAAGUGGGAAAACCAUUGAUGGUCCAGUCCGCCUAGAUAUUUCUGUUAUUGACCAAAAUGACAAUAGGCCGAUGUUCAAAGAAGGACCCUACGUUGGUCAUGUCAUGGAGGCAUCUCCUACAGGAACCACCGUGAUGCGUAUGACAGCUUUUGAUGCUGAUGACUCCAGCACAGACAACGCUCUUCUGAGGUAUAACAUCCUCAAACAGACACCUACCAAGCCAUCUCCAAAUAUGUUCUAUAUUGACCCAGAAAAGGGAGAUAUUGUCACAGUGGUGUCACCUGUUCUCUUGGACCGUGAGACUAUGGAUACCCCGAAAUAUGAGCUAGUUAUAGAAGCUAAGGAUAUGGGUGGCCUCGAUGUGGGACUAACAGGCACAGCAACUGCCACCAUUCUUAUUGAUGACAAAAAUGACCAUCCACCAGAAUUUACCAAAAAAGAGUUUCAAGCCACAGUAAAGGAGGGAGUCACAGGUGUCAUAGUAAACUUAACUGUUGGUGACCGAGACGACCCAGCAACUGGAGCAUGGAGAGCUGUCUACACCAUUAUUAAUGGAAAUCCAGGGCAGAGUUUUGAAAUCCACACCAACCCCCAGACUAAUGAGGGAAUGCUCUCUGUUGUCAAACCUUUGGACUAUGAGAUUUCAGCAUUUCACACACUGCUGAUCAAAGUAGAAAAUGAAGACCCGCUGAUUCCAGACAUAGCCUAUGGCCCCAGUUCCACAGCAACAGUUCAGAUCACUGUUGAGGAUGUGAAUGAAGGCCCAGUUUUUCACCCAAACCCAAUGACAGUGACAAAAGAAGAAAACAUCCCUGCUGGCAGUAUUGUGUUAACGGUGAAUGCCACCGAUCCAGACACUUUGCAACAUCAGACUAUCAGGUAUUCAGUGUACAAGGACCCAGCAGGCUGGCUAGAAAUUAACCCCACCAAUGGUACCAUUGGCACCACUGCAAUCCUGGACCGGGAGUCUCCCUACGUUCAGAACAACGUGUACACGGCUCUCUUCCUGGCAAUAGACAGUGGUAACCCUCCUGCUACAGGUACAGGAACUUUACACAUCACCUUGGAGGAUGUCAAUGACAACAUCCCAGCCCUUUAUCCAACACUGGCAAAAGUUUGUGAGGAUGCAAAAGAUCUCAGGGUAGUGGUACUAGGAGCAUCAGACAAAGAUCUUCAUCCCAACACAGAUCCAUUCAAAUUUGAACUGAGUAAGCAAUCGGGCCCAGAGAAAUUGUGGAGAAUCACCAAACUUAACAAUACUCAUGCACAGGUCAUCCUGCUUCAAAACCUGAAAAAGGCCAAUUACAACAUCCCAAUUUCAGUGACAGAUUCUGGAAAACCACCUCUGACUAACAACACAGAACUGAAAUUACAAGUGUGUUCCUGCAAGAAAUCCAAAAUGGACUGCAGUGCAACUGAUGCCCUUCAUAUCAGCCUGACCCUCAUCCUUCUUUCACUCUUCAGUUUAUUUUGUCUGUAGGAAACUCCUGACAUUUGAAGCUGUCCUACUGAGUUGCCAUGGCAACGAGAGGGAAAAAAAGACACCGUCAGAUCUGAAGACUGCAGUUUACAGUUACUGUUCUUCACUACUAGGCCUCAGUUGCUCCAGAUCCAGUUUAAUUUGCAACCUCACUCAAUCUGUCCGACUAUCCCUUGGUGUUUGACAACCUGCCCUGACUGCUGUUCCUGAACAGAUUCCUUCUGCAAGACACCAGGCUUAUGCGAAUUUUCUCUGAAUGUUCAAAGACCAUGACAUCUAAAACGGACCUUGGGGGAGCAGAAACCAGAUUGACUCAAUUUUUUUUCUAUCUGUUGACUUGUUGCUAUUCAAAUGUUCAGAAAAUAUUUUGUCUGUGGGUUAGUAUUUGUAUAUGUAUGAGUGUAUGUAUAUAUAUAUAUAUUUAUAUAGAGUUAUACGACAGGUUUAGCUUUUAUAAAAUCUUCAUCUGGAGUGUGCAAGGGACAAAGCAGAUUAACACAGCCACAGAUGAAUUGUAAAAAAACGGCUAAACCUACUGUACUGGCUGUUCACAGUGUGGCCAGAAGGAGAGCCUGUUGCAACCAUUCUGCUACAGCAGCCGCUUUGUUGGCACCAAAUAGAGCAGCCCUGGGGCUCUGCAGCGUCAUUCCUCAUACCUCAGGUUCAGCAAACAAGACAUGCAAGUCCCCCCCGGCUUGUUUCUGAUCUGACCUGUGCUCCUUAUGCUCCCAGGUGGAACUGAUGAUCCAGUGGAUCCAGCUUCUGCAGAGCUCUGGCUUGGGAAGCAGGUGGGAAGCAGGCGGCUGGCACUGGAUGGGCCAGCGUGUACAGCAGCGGGAGCGCUGGGCCUCAUUCUGAAGGGGCUGAAGCUUCCUUUGUGUUCCUGCAGAUAACUAUUUGCUGGGGCAGUUUACAAACCUGAAGUCUUUGGUCAGCUCAGCAGACACAGCUCAGUGGGCUGAUGUCUCCAGAUGAGCAGCUGAUUGGAACAGCAAAGCACAGUGCUCCUUGAGUCCUGGGCUCUCUCUCAGCCUCCACGCAGCUGGCAUUACAUCCAUAAGAGCAAGGAGGAAACCAGAUGCCCUAUUAUAUAAAUAUAUUCACACACACACAUAUAUAUAGUUUUCAGUAUAUAUAUACAUACAUACACAUGUACACUCAGUUUCCAGUUAAGAGUAACAAGCAUUUCUUUGUGUGUAAACUUACCACACUUCUUUGCAGACAUGGGGGAAAAAAAGGGUGUUCGUUAAAUAUGAAAAUGAAUCCUUUUUUAUUCUGUGAGCAUGUAAGGUUAAAAAAAAACAAAACCUCUAACUGUAUCAAGAUGAUUAUCUUGUUAAUAAAUUGUAAAUGAUCCAUCAAAGCUCACACCAAAUUUUUAUAAAAUUAACACGAAAAGUAUACUAGUGACAGACUGUGGCUUUUAUUAGAGCUUGCCAGUAACUAGGGUAAGUGUCUUAGAAUAUUUUAAUAAACUUGCUUAUUUAAAGUUUAAACAAAAACAAAAAAAGCUUCCUUAUGCAAUAGAACUUUGCAGCUGCAUUCUUUAGUUGGCAUUUUUACAGUACUUACGAGUCAUCCUGUAUGUUGUCUUUAUUACAGUGAGAUUAUAAGCAUAUCUUCCACACCACUUAUAUGUUGCAAUAGUAAAGCUUUUUGGAAGCAUUAAAAAGUCCAAACAUACAUUUAGUUUCCCAUAAUGCUACACUAGAUAUUAAAUGUGUGUUGGUGGUAAAAAAUUGCUGUACAAUAGCUUUUCUCUGCCUUCCUGUAUUGCACCAAAUAUGAAACAGGUCUGUUUUGUUUUGUUUUAAUCAAAAGGAGUAAUAACAACAGCGACAGAGGAAAAAUUAGAUUGCGUUGUGAACUUUCCUAACAUUGUGGAUUUCUUGGUAAGAUACAAGCUGCCUUCAGACAGGAACCUGCUUUUCUCUUCCAGCUUAACUCCUGCAGUCCUGACCAAGUAAAAUCUCCCCCUGACCUUGUUUCUCUCCCAGCACACUCUAGCUGUUUCAGUUACCAAAGGGGUACUUUGGUGGGAGUUUCUGUUGAGCAAAGGGCUCCAGGAGUGGGCUGUUAAGCACCUGCAGGUGUUUAAGAGGGAAAGUGUCUGAUCUCAAACAUGAACAUGGGCAUGCUUCUAGUUUUCUUUCUCUGCCCAUGUAAUAAUCAUAACGUGCUGCUUUAGCAUCACAAAUCACCUUUAGAAUUAUAGUUUUCAGGGAAAUUUUUCAAAAGGGAAAAAAAAAUAAAAAUCAACAAAUGCAAAACACAACUGGAUUUUCAACAUGUAUAGUUAAUUAAUGCACCCAAAUGCACCCAAAGAUAAAUUACAUCCUAUGCUUUGAUCUAAAACACCUCUAUCUUUAAUAAAAGAAAUUAUAAUAGCCUCCCCCACAAACACUCUUUUUUCUACUGGCUUUUUUCUUCUCUCUAUCCAGCAAAAGCCACCUCUGGAAAGACACUCAUUGACAUUAGUGUCAUUUCUGUCAAGCACCAUACAAAGCUACUUUUUUCUCCUUUAAACCAAGGCUCCUAUAGCAUUGGUGGAUCAUUCCAAAGGCAACCAAAACAAAGAACAACAAAAAAAUCUCUUCUGCCUGGAUCUACACUAACAAUGGGAAAGAUUCUCUACUACUUUGUGCCCAAGGACAAGAUCUUUCUUCUUGGAUAAUACUGCAACCUUUUGACAUGUAGAGAGGUCAGUAUUGUGGCUGAAAAGCUGAAACAAGAUGCAUCAAAAGCCUUCAUUCAUCAUCAUCACUUCAUAUGUGCACCUAGAUUAAAGCCUCCCAGCCUUUACUGUGUGUCUCUAGACUUCAGACAGAGCUAAUCACUGGACUACUUAAGCAUGCAAAGAGAAGAUGAAGCUGCCAUGUUAACGUUUCUCCCUCUCUGUACCCGAGAACAAACCCCAUUUAACAAGGGGUGGUGGCAUGUUCUGUAGCAUUAUACAAAUAAGAACCAUAAUAGAAUCUCGGUUUUUCCUACCUGAAUGAGAUUGUUGACUCUGACUCAAAGAAACAUAUGUCCAUUUCCUGAAACAAAGGAGCAACAAUAAUUUAUUAGUAGAGAAGCUGCAAAAUGGCUGACAUUUUUUUUAUAGUUAAUUAUGCUUAACAUUUGCUCAGUCAGGCUUGCUGGUUUUAUAACAUAGCACUUCUACCUACUUCGGUAGAAAUUUGCAGCGUUUAUUUCAGUUUGUGUUUGUAGACAUACAAUGCUGUCUAGAGUCAAAAAGGCAGUGAACUUGAUGAGUUUAAUUUGGUAACGUGCACAAAACUUCCUGUGCAAAAAUAAUUUCACUUGAAAAGAGUAUCUGCUGUUAAACCACAAAAUGGUUAUAAUAAUCAGCAAGAGGAGUUCAUUAGCAAGACAAAGGUCUCAUUUGUGGUGUACUUGCUAAUUGAACCCUUCUCUGUACAUCUCACGUGUGCUUUUGCAAUAUGCCUUUGUGCACUUAAUGUACAUUUUGUUCAGUAACUGUAAGUAUGAAGAUAAAAACAAAGGCAAAAGAGCUGAAUUGCCUACUGAGUAUCAAGGAGAAUUAAGAAGGAGUGGAACACUGGCUAAUACACUUUCUGAGCUCUGUUCUCAUCACGUUUACACUGGUAUAAAUCAAAGAGCAACUUCAUUACUAGAAUUGCUUGAGAUCAGUUAAUCACAUUUAGAUUAAAUCUUUCAUCUAAACAUCCACACAUAUUGCUUUUACUGGUCUGCUGUGAACAGUAAAGCAGCAAUAUUUGUCACAGAAUCAUUGAGUGCUUAUAUAUUAUUGAAAGUCUCUCUUUUGUGACAUACAGAGAAACUUACAGCUUAGAUGUCUCCCACAGAUGACUCACUUCCUUCAGCAACCACUUUGCCAUGUCCCCAAGGCAUCCAGCAUAAUCUAGUUUAGCAUUUAUUUGAACUGGCUGUAGCCUGUAGUCAAAUAAUUUGUCAUGGUUUCUUGCAUGGUCAUUUAUGUUAGAGAUCACUAUAAUACAAACCUCAAUUAUUAAAUUAUGGACUUAAAAUCAGUUUGUACAGCCCUAGUUUAAAUGUUUUAUCACUACAAAAAAAGAAGGACAUAUGUUAUAUUAACAACUUUUACAUCACUGGUCUUGCCUUUGCAAAGACCUCCUGUCUCAAAUACUGAGAGGGCUGCCAGUUUUCUCCUCAAUUGCUACUAAUACACAGCCACUUGAAGCACAGCAGAAUUUUGUAUGUAAAUACUUUCACAUCACUGUAUAAAGGUUAAGUUUCUUUCCGAAUGGAUUCAAUAAUGUCUUAUUUAAUUAAAAAAAAAAACAAAACAAAAACAAAAACAAGAAAACAAAUAACAAAAACAAACCACAAAAGAAAUUAUAUUAAAUUCACAACAGCUUGAGAACACCAACUCUAUGGCAAACCUCUGAUCCCAUCUUCCCUUUAUUGCAUCUCUAGAAACUCUGUUGUCUGAGAUACACUGUCUAAUGCUAACAAAAGGUAAAGAACUAAAAUAGCAAUUAUUUUCUAUUAACCCUGCAAUCUUUAGAAUUAACAUGCAAAGUACUUAAGUAUCAUUAUAACUAUUCUAUUUAAAGCAGAUAUAACUAUUUUGCUAUGUAAAACAAAUAGCCAUUGACUACACUAUUCUCUUGCCUCCCAUCAAGUUGAUCUGUAUUUGUUCAGAUGGAUGCACUCAUACACUCUCAGUGGAAAGUUACUAGUUGCACAGUUGCUAUGUGUGUAUAUAUAUGUAGAUAUAUAGAGAUAUACACAUACACAUAUAAAUAUAUAUAUAAAAUUUAUGCAGAUAGAGGGAGACUAAUACAACACGGGGACGUGGAAUAAGCAGUUUAAUUGAAUAAGCAGUGAAAUAAGCAGUUAUGGUUGAGCACAUAUGUUAAGAGACAGCAUGGUUUACAUUUGCCAAACUACUCUCAUUUUAAAGAAAAGAAAAAAGGCAAAAAAAACCCAACCCAGGCAUAUCCCAGCUCUCAUGUUGUAUUGAUGCUAACUUUAGCUGACCCAUCUUGACACGUCUAUCAUCUGAAGAUAUGCAGAGCUGUUUACUCACUCAUCUUCAGCUGUCUGUGUACCAGCAGGUCACCAGUAGUGGGAAGGGCAGGGUGUGUAGCCAGAAUCAGCAUUACUGUGCUCUCAGUGGGACAGCUAUCUGGGGAAGUUUCAUCUACCCUCUGAACAUUACACUCCUCUGCAUCAGGGAAUGGCUAUAGUUGAUGAUUUGGGGUUAAAAUUAAUGUCUGAAGACAGACUGUGUACGAACAGGCAUACACACCCUGCCUGGGACUGGAGAAGAGCAUGUCUGGUGGACCCUGGUGGUAAAGUCAGUACAAACAAGCUGUGUGUGCCAUUUCAGACAGAGCCCUCCUGUAAAGUCAUGUUUGCCCCAUAACAAACUCUCUUUACGUUACCACCAAUUAUUUUUUUUCUUUUCUUUUUUAAGUUCAAGCAAGGAGGAAUAUAUUUUGUUUGAUUUUAAAGAUACUUAAUUCAGCUACUUUUCCAGCUGAUCGUUCCUUUGGGCCCUAGUUGCUGAGUUGCUUGCUGUUUCUGAGGUGUAAAUAAACGUUUUGAUUUCUGACGUGGUUGCGAAGAACCUUGUAAUUUAUUUGUGAAAUGCUCCAAUAAAUGAUGUAUGGGCUUUUA